AUGAUGGAAGACGACAGCAAUGGCGAUACAUUAAUGUCGGACUUGUUGCAUGUGAAUAAUCUCUUCGCAAGCACUUACUUGAGCGACGUUUUGUUCGUAUUGUCAUCUGAUGUAGAUAGAUUGCCAACGUCUACUAGAGCAAUAUACGACAAGAGCUCAGAUGGAGAUCACCUGAUUCCCGCCCAUCGACUUGUGCUUUCUCUGCGUAGUGGUGCGUUCCGAAUGGCGCUGUUAAGAGUCAAGAGUAGUCAAGUACCGGGUCAUGUUUGUUUUCCACUCAAGAUCUACGUCAAAGACACAUCAUAUCGCAUUUUCUACUCGUUGCUAAGGUUCCUCUAUACGAACAAGCUGGAGUCAGACAAAGAUAGCGAUCAACAGAGUCAAGAAGAAUUUUGGUCUCACCUAUUGCGAGCUGCGUAUGUGUAUGUAGUCCCAUCAUUAGUCAAUAUUUGUGUCAAAAAAAUGGCCAAUAUUUUGGAACGGAAGAAUGGCAAAGUGACAAAAACAGAGAAUACAAAAGCGAUCACGCAACAGCACUUGCAACCGAAUACACUGGAUAUGCUAAUAUUCCUGGACACAAUCCUGGCAACCGAUCCAUCUUCUGUACGACAACGAGAACAAGUAGAUACAUCUUCUUCAUGGACUUGUGACGUCAUGCUAACACAGUGUACGAAGGCCGUGCAAGAUUUGGAAACUUUAUGUUUACGGCAAUUGCAACACAUGGAAGAAUUUGCAUUUGCUGACUUGUUGCAAAGUGACACGGGGCAACAAUGUUCGACCUUGCGUUUAUGUGAGAUUCUGAGACUGCGAUCUGAUACGCCGUUGAAUACUGCAAUUCGAUAUCAACUUGGGCGGGUCGUCCAUGAAUUAUUGCGACUUGGAGAGCCCUUAAAUCGCAUUGGUAUGAAUGAGACGGAUUUACCACUCGUCGUGGCCUUACAGACUGGGAAUAAUGCAAUUAUUCGUCGUCUACUAGUCAAUGAAGAUGCCCCAUAUUAUCUUCUUACUGAUAAAAUUCCAUUACUCUUUUUAGCAAGUGCAAGUGGAAAUGUUCAACAUUGUGAAAUACUUAUUGAACGCAAUGCUGGAGAAGUGAAUCAUAUUUUGCAAUUAAGAGACGGGGACAAGGAGAUUGCAGCCGAGUUUGGGCAUCACCAGACCCCACUGCAUAUUGCGAGUCGAAAAGGUCAUAGUGCUGUGGUGAAGCUAUUGCUGCAACACAAAGCUGCGUCAAACUUGCCGGAUGAAGACGGCAACACAGCAUUGCAUUAUGCGUCAAAUGUUGCCACGGUUCAAGUGCUGUUGGAUCGUACGUUUCGAACAAAUCCGAAUAUUCCAAAUAAUAGAGGUCGGACCCCGUUACACGUUGCUGCUGCUAAUGGAAAUGUUUCGGUCGUGUCAUAUUUAAUUCGUCAUGAUGCCGAGCAAGAGUUAGUAGACGAUCAAGGGCAAAAUGCUUUCCACCACGCUGCAGCAAAUGGCCAUACAGAAGUCAUGCUUGUGUUACUUCACGCGAGUUCUGAGAAGACAAUGAGGAAUCAGGUGCACGUUGCUGUACCAAGCAAAACAAAUAUUCACAACACAACGCGAGAUGACAAUGUGCAAGAGGUAGAGCAACAUGAAACAAGCAAGUUCGAGGAUUCUGAAAUCGUACAGGACUCAAAUGAAUUUGAUAUUAAUCGUGAAGACUUGAAAGGCAACACUGCGUUUCAUCUUGCUGCCAUGUCACCAUCUGAUCGGUGUCAGAAGACGCUCCAAGUACUUCUUGAGAAUAAUGCUGAUCCCAAUCGCACCAAUUGGUUUGGCUACACUCCACUCCAUUUAUUCUGUUCGCAUCAGCAUGGGCCCGCAAGUCUCGUACCCUCUUUUAUUGAACAUGGUGCAAAUAUUCACGUACAGAGUCUCGAUGGUAGUACAGCGUUGCAUUUAGCUGUUGGACGAGGAAGCGAAGAGGUUGCAGUUGCACUUGUGAGUGCGGGUGCGUUCGUACACUUUCUGGACGCAGCAGGUCGCAGCGUUGUGGAUCUUGUAGAGAGCACGAACCAAGGAGCGUUGCUUGUACCAGUUUUACGCAACUUGUCACAAUUUCCUGAUUCUAUUGGCGACGACCAGACGACCGAGUUGGCCGUGCGAAGCACUAAGCAGGAGAUGCUUGUAGCUGGAAUGCCCAUCAGCGAAAGCUGUGCUAGUGGCGACAAAGUUGAAUUGGGCUUGACACUACCGCUAAAUGGCAAUAGUCAAAAGGAUACAAUUGUAUCUACUACCUCUCGUGUUUAUGAUGUAGCUCGACAAGGAGAAUUGAGCGAGUUCUGUGUGCUGUUUCACAAGCUUCCAUUAGGAUUUACCAUGAAACGAGGACUUGAGAGUACUACUGAAGUCGGAAUACAAAUUGAAAACAAGGGACUUCGUCAAGUGCACGAGGUGAUAAAGAAUGCCGAACUUCCGCUUCGAAUUUGCUUUCGAGGACCGAAGUUGCUACAGUCAUUUGUGAGAUCGUCGAAGGUGCUGCAGACGAUGACCAGCCAGUGUCAAGAACGACAGUGCAAAGAAUCUACGGAUACUCGUAGUGUGCGAAGUAAUGGCAGUAGUGGGAGUAGCAGUCGCAAAGGUCGGGCAAGGAAGAAACGAGAGGAUUUUAAUAAAGAGAAUCAGCAGAGGAAGUCGAAGGACUGUAUGUCUGAGACACCAGAAUUGCACGACAACACACACGAAUUGUAUGUAUCCAACGACUCAGACGACCUGCAGACAGAUUCGAUAACUGAAGCGCAUUUGAUUCGACAGAUUGAGCAACUUAAGGUGCAACUUCUUUGCAAACACGAAGAAGCAAAGCAAAUUGCGCGGCAACUUGAGACAUGUUCGGCACAGUUGCUUGUUUUGCGUGGGGAUUCUAGCAAUGUGGUACCAGUGGAAGUGCACGAAACUACUACUCCUCGUUCCCGUCGUGAAGCCCCUCCUUCCAGUCAUAAUUUCUCUAAAGUUCGUCUGACGUCGAAAGUUUUAGAAGCGAUGGAUGAGAAAGCGGGGCUUCCUCGACGUGGAACUGGCGCUUACACAUCUUCAAAUGUGUCCUCAGUUUCUGGAUAUUCGUCUCAGUCUAUGCCUGUUGUACGAUCCACAAGUGAACGAACGCGCAGUGUGCGUGCAGUGACACAUGCUAUCGGGGACACAAUGUCGACUUCGUCAUACACUUUAAAGUCAUCGAUCGUGUCAGCACGUCGCAAUCACUCACCACGUGGUACAGCACUUCGAAAUUUAAACAAACGGUACAAUUAUAUGCCUCCAAAAUAUGCUACAAGCACGAUGGGGGUUGCUGAAACAGGGUCUUCGUCCCUUUCAUCGCGUGGAGCUGUCAUUUCGCGUGCACGGAAUUCACGGAACCCCUUUUUAACAAGAAGUGAAAGUCCUGGUGUUGGUUACUACGACGUGCAAGUAAAAGAUCGCGUUUUAGGCGGAGAAAUUGGUGACUCGGAUCGCUCACUUGCGUGGUCUUGA